AUGAAGGAAGCAGCUUACGUUGAUGAGCUUAAGACUCUUGAGGAGUUUAAAACCACCCGAAAUGACUGGUUUGUCAAAGAAACGAGGAGGAGAGGCAAAAAGGCCACCCCUAAAUCACAGGAGGGUGAGGGGUCUUCGUCACAGCCAAAGAAAAAGCAAAAGAAAGUGGCAAAGACGUUAUUGAUUGAUGAGCCUGAGGUUGAAGAACCGGUGGUAACUGCUGAAGAAGAUCCGUAUGCUGAUAUUGAUCAAGUGAUGUUAAAUGUUGAUGAUUUAGUGUCUGAGCAAGCAGCUAAUGUAGAAGCUGAGAAAGAGAAGAGAAUUCAAGAAGCUAUAGAGAAAGAGAAACAAUUGAGAAAGAGGAAGAGACAGGAAAAAGAUGACGAUGCAUACGUUCCAUCUACAGAGCAUGUUUCUGAAUCGCAAUCACCUUCAAGUGGAAGAAAGAAAGCCGGAGCAAGAAAAAGGGUUGUAUCUCCAAAGAUAAAGAAAGUAACUACAAAGAUUACGAAGCCAAAGAUUGUGUUAAAGAAGAAACCUUCCAAAGAACCGAGUAAACCACCAACACCACCACCUGAACGUACACCACAUCAAUCACCCAUAAAAUCACCACGUCAACCUACACCUCCACAACAACCUUCACCACCAAAACAACCAACACCACCCAAACAACCAUCACCAUUACAUCUUUCACCACUACAUCUCUCACCACCACAACAACAAACCUUAUUCACAUCUCAAGAAAUAUUCAAAACACCACCACUCACUCAAAUUCAACUAACUCCUGGUUCUUCUGGGCAUAAAGGUCUUCACAUUCCUCCGGAUAAUCUUGAAGAUAUUGGAGAUUUUGGCUUUGCAAACGAUGAAACAACUUAA